CUCUCGCCACACGUCUACGGUCUGCCUCAAUCCUACCUCGCUCGUCCCGUCACCUCAAUCCAACCAGAUGGCCACCUCUGCUCUCCCUUUAAAUACGAGAGUACACUUCGCUCUUGGUGUCGUCGCAGUACCACUGUACCAGUAGUCAAGCCUAUUUCGAUCUCCUCACUCACUCCUCACCACCACACAGGGCAGCCAGUCCAGCCAGACUGCAGAAUGGCGACCACCGCGGCCGCGCUGAGCAUGAAGCUGCUGGUGGACACCAAGGCGCGGCGCGUGCUGUUCGCGGAGGCGGGCAAGGACGUGGUGGACUUCCUGUUCUCCCUCCUCUCCCUGCCCGUCGGCACCGCCGUCAAGCUGCUCGGGAAGGGCUCCAUGGUCGGCAGCGUCGGCAGCCUCUACGCCAGCGUCGAGAAGCUCGACGGCACCUACGUCCAGCCCGGCGCCGCCAAGGACGCGCUCCUCCACCCCGCCGUCCUAUCCCCGGCCGUCAGCAACAAAAGCUCCCUCCUCUUAGGCUCGCCGCACCCACCGUCGUCCCUCCGGGCCCAGCCUGAGCCCCAGCCGACGACGUUUUUCGGAUGCAAUAGGUCGCGCAACUACGACCACGUCUACCUCGUCGACGAGUGUGGCCGCCAGCUUUCUUGCAGCGGCUGCCGUAGCUACAUGACGGGCACGAGAGGCACCGCCUGUCCGUCGUGUGGCGGCCAGAUGUCCAAGGAGCUGAAGCUCGUGCCGUCGGCGGUGCCCGGACGGCAGGCGGCGCAGGAGGCGGGCGGCGUCACCGGGAAGGGGUUCGUGCAGGGCAUCGUGACGUACACGGUGAUGGACGACCUCACCGUGACGCCCAUGUCCUCCAUGUCCAGCAUCACCCUGCUCAACACAUUCGGCGUCAGGGACCUCGGCGCGCUCGAGGAGAAGACUCUGCAGCUCAGCUACAACGAGGGUUUGGAUAUCCUCAAGGCGUCGCUACAGUCAAAGACCGUCCUCACCGACGUUUUCCUCAAGCCCAGCAAGGUUUGAAGGCACGGUCCUGCGCGUCUGACAUGCUCAUCGACAUGGAAAAAUAGCUCGAACCAUGUAGGGUUAAGUAGGUCCUUUUGUAUGAACUGUGCAAGGGCGCGGCUAGUAGCUCCAUCCAUCUAGCUACAUUAGGUUGGCUCUUUGUGUGAGCAUUCAGAACUAUCUUACCGUGGCAUCUUUUGGUAAUGUCAGUAUCAGCUGGUAUUAGUUAGUUGCUCUUAAUCCAGCUUAACUUAUCAAUUACCCCAGGUCGUAGUAGUACUCAGUGUUGAUGCUUCUUCAUUGUUGACUUGAGGGGGAGUAUUGACGUAGAAAUGCAUAGGCCACCUUUCCUCAUAAGCUUGAGCUUUUGGGUGAUCUGACUAGUGCGUAAAGUUCUACAUUCAUGUGUAUGUUGUAUGUGUCAAUCUGUGUAGCAACAUGGUUUAUUUCCUUUGUUGCUUAA